CUGAUAUGAACAUAGACUGGAAUUCUUCUUCUUGUCCAAUGAAAAAGAAACUAAUGAAUACCUGUGCAGCUUUCGGAUUAUCACAAGUUGUUAAUAAGCCAAUGAGAAUUUGUUUGAAAAAUAAUGGCAAGACAGUGGCGACUUGUAUUGAUCAUAUUUAUUUGAACACUCCUGAGGUCUGUUCCAAAUCCAUAUCUCUGCCUAUAGGAUGUACAGAUCACAAUCUCAUUGCAAGGAAAACAAAAGUUCAAAAAGCCGGUUCAACAACAAUGCACAGCACACAAGAUAAUAAGGCAGCAGCAGAACCCCGAUAAAUUCAGGCACGUUCAAAGGCCAGACUAAUAACCUCAGUUAAUAAUACUAGCUCUAUGUCUACCAAAACACGAAAAUCUGAAAUCAAGCUCCACACAACUUCAUCCUAAAGGCUUAGCCUACUUCCACCAUUAACCAUAGGCGCCCCCUCUUGGACAGAAGACAGCACAACCAAAUUAUAACAACAGAAACAUAAAUCUUACACCAACCACAAUGCAUAUUACAAUUCAAUUCAAUUUUAUUUAUAAAACCCAAUAUCACAAAUCACAAUUUGCCUCACAGGGCUUUACAGCAUACGACAUCCCUCUGUCCUUAUGAUCCUCGCAGCGGAUAAGGAAAAACUCCCCAAAAAAACCCCUUUAACGGGGAAAAAAAACGGUAGAAACCUCAGGAAGAGCAACUGAGGAGGGAUCCCUCUUCCAGGACGGACAGACGUGCAAUAGAUGUCGUACAGAACAGAUCAGCAUAACAAAUUAACAGUAAUCCACAUGACACAAUGAGACAGAGAAAGAGAGAGAGAGAGAGAGAGAUGCAGGUAAUGACAGUAGCUUACAACAACAUUAUUGAAAGUAAUAAUAUUAUAGUUAUAGUUCUGGCUACUGCGGUACAAUAUGUUGAAAGUAUGUAUUAAUAUCUGGCAGUAUACAAGUGUGACAGUAGUCAUAUGUGUAUAAUAACAGUAGAAGUAUGACUAAUGACUAAUGAUGGCAGCAGCAGCAGGAGGCAUCUGGCAGGACCACGACAGCAGCACAACCACACACGUCACGCUGUCCAGGCACCGCUGCGAUAUGAGUUAAUCUGAGAGACAGUGGAGCACAAAGGCUCCGGAGAAGAAGCCGAGUUAGUGACAUCCAGAAUGGCCGAGUUAGCAAGAUGCAGUAAUAGAAUGAGAGAGAGAGAGAGAGAGAGAGAGAGAAAAGGAGCCUGGUGUAUUAUAGGGGGGUCCUCUGGCAGACUAGGCCUAAGUCAGCCUAACUAGGGGCUGGUACAGGGCAAGCCUGAGCCAGCCCUAACUAUAAGCUUUAUCAAAGAGGAAAGUCUUAAGUCUAGUCUUAAAUGUGAAGACGGUGUCUGCCUCCCGGACCGUAACAGGAAGAUGAUUCCACAGGGGAGGAGCCUGAUAGCUGAAGGCUCUGGCUCCUGAUCUACUUUUGGAGACUUUAGGGACCACGAGUAACCCUGCGUUCUCAGAGCGCAGAGUUCUGGUGGGAUAAUAAGGCACUAUGAGCUCUCUAAGAUAUGACGGAGCUUGACCAUUUAGAGCUUUAUAAGUUAACAGUAGGAUUUUAAAUUCAAUUCUGGAUUUUACAGGGAGCCAGUGCAGAGAAGCUAAAACAGGAGAAAUAUGAUCUCGUUUCUUAGUUCCUGUUAGUGCAUGUGCUACUGCAUUCUGAAUUAGCUGGAGAGUUUUUAAGGACUUACUAGAGCAACCUGAUAAUAGAGAGUUACAGUAAUCCAGCCUUGAGGUAACAAAAGCGUGGACCAAUUUUUCUGCAUCUUUUCGGGUCAGGAUAGGCCUAAUUUUUGCAAUAUUACGCAGAUGAAAAAAUGCAGUCUGUGAGGUUUGUUUUCCAUGAGAAUUAAAAGACAAAUCUUGAUCAAAUGUUACUCUGAGGUUUCAUACGGUAGUGCUAGAGGCCAGAGCAAUGCCAUCUAGAGAAACUAUGACUACGUUUACAUGCAGUCAAUAACCCUUUCAUAACCGGAAUAUUAGCAAUAACCCGGUUGCGCACGGCCAUGUAAACACCAUGAAAAACCGGAAUAUGCUCAUAUUCCGGUUUUUAAAAACCCGAAUAUGACCCCUGGGUUACUCCUUUUCUAACCCGAAUAUUUGGUCAUGUAUACGCCUGUCGGAAUAUCCCCAUUGAACGGAACAUUAAUUUGAGUUCUGCGCAUGUUCUAUUCGCAAGGAAUCUUGGUCUUUUGAGUGCAGGAACUACUUGUUGAUAACAUGGCGAAACGGAGGACAUCACACUUUUGGAGCGAGGAGGAGACAAAUCACCUGGUAAAUGUGGUGAAAUAUAUGAAUAUCAUGUCAUUUGUAGACGGUAGAAAGUACCGGGACAGCGAAAUAUACAAGAAAGUGAGCGAAAAGUUACGCGAAGCAGGGUUUGUACGAACGCCAGACCAGAUCAAGCACCGCUGGAAGACGCUGAAAAAGGCGUACUACAAGGCCAAGAGGCAAAACGCUACUAGCGGGUCCGACCCAUCUACCUUCCCCCAGUUCGACAUAAUGGAUGAGAUUUUCGGGCAAAGACCCAUUACUACUGCCCAAAACAGCGGGGUUGAUGUCGGCUUUGAGGAUGAACAAGAACAACCUGAUGAAAGCGACCAAGAGGGUGAUGUAGACCUUGGAGAGCCAGCCACCCCUGUGUCUACAGCAAGCAACGUAACAAGUGGAAGUGGCUCACUUGAUCUUGAAGAAGAUGAUGAUAACGAAGAGAAUGGAGCAAGUGGACUUUCUACACAGCCAUCCAAUGCCACUGCACCUCCUCAGUCUACACAGCCAUCCAAUGCCACUGCACCUCCUCAGUCUACACAGCCAUCAAAUUCCACUGCGGCUACUCCGGGUAAGAUUUCAGCAUCUUAUUAUUAAGGCAUAACUGGUUAGAGCAUAGUAUUGUAACAUUAAGUUCAUCCUCUUCCUUGUGUAAUGUCUGAAAAUACUUUAUAAUCCGUUUCUUUAGUGGUCACUUUGAUAUAGUGAUAAAAAAAGCUAUAUCAUGUAGUAUAGCUGAUGGUGCAAGCUAAGGUCUGUCUUGUCUGCUCUAGGUGGGUCAAGUCGCAGGUCCAGGCCCCGUGGGACUACUUCACUUUCUCAACAAGAGUUCAUGGAGAGAAUGCAGCACGCACAGAACCAAUGGAUUGAGCAGCAGAGGCAGUUGAGCCACGCUAGGGAUGACGCACUCAUGUCUCGACUGAUCACUGAAACAAGCCGCUCAAUGGGAAUGUUAGUCUCCCAACUACUGACAGGGUUAGGUACCCUAUUGCAGCAGCCAUUUCAGCCCCAGCCUAUGUUUACUCCGUCUCAGCCUCAGCCAAUGUAUACCCCGUACAACAACACUUACGACAACUAUGGGCUUCCCCCUCCUCCCCAUCGUAACCCAUACCCAAACACACCUCAGUCUGAAGGUGAAGCUGACGAUGGUGACCAAGGUUUGAGAUUCUGCCAACUCCGGUAGUGCCCCACCUCCACAUCGUAACCCAUAUCCAAACACCUCAGUCUGAAGUGAUCGAGGUUUGCUAAAAAAUGACCAAGUUUUGAGAAGGUUCGAUCUACCUCAUUUAUGAUUGUUGGGACACUAGUUUCACAGUUUUGUUGUUCUGCUGUUAUUCCAUAAUGGCCGUUGCACUUCUCCUUACACUUGAAAGUAUCUUUGUACGUUUUUUUACACGUACACUUAAAAGUAUUUUUGUAAAAUGUUUACA